ACUGUUUUUUUUUCUUUCUGGUGCGUUUAGGAGACAGGCAGCUUGGGCAUGAGACAAAAACAAGCGGGACUUGUGUGUGUGUUUAUCCGAGCAAAGCUUUAGAGCAAUAAGACAGAAACUAAUGACUAAAAACGUCUAUAGGCGGAGCUUAAAGUCUAGAAUUACUUGCAUUCUGAUUCGUAAGCGUGUGUUAGAGUCUCAGAGCGUUAAUUCUAGGUGAAUACACUUGCCUUGUGUCUUGGCCCGGUGUGUUUUGAUUUACAUUAGUCACUCGACUGGAAAUAUGAAACCUCACACCCGACCACACCAUCUGCCUUCUGGACUCACUCUCCUGCUGCUGGCUGUAACAAUAUGCCCGAGUUUGUCCACGGACGUGUCGGCCACCACCACCACUUCUGCUCCGACUCCUUCACCUCCCGGCGUCCCUGAGGGAGGGUCCUACAACAUCACCAACAACGGCACUGCAUGCUUGUUAGCCCAUAUAGGGCUGCAGCUCAACAUUACUUAUACCUCUAGCUCGCAGGGCAAGGCUGUCCAGGAUAUCAUAAACCUGCAACCAAAUUUGACCACUACCUCUGGAUCUUGUGAGGCAGACACUUCAACGCUCAUACUGAAGGAAGAGAACACAAGCCUGACUUUCCAGUUCUUCUUGAAUUCUACAACUAAGAAGUAUCACCUUGGUGGACUGGAACUGUCAAUCACCUUGCCAGACAUGGCUAAGCCCUUGACUGUCCGUAACAGUAGUCUAGGCUACCUUCGGGGAACUUUGGGCUACUCUUAUAUGUGCCACCAAGAGCUGAUCUUGACCGUUGGGCAGAAUUUCUCCCUGAACACGUUCCAUCUACAGGUGCAGCCUUUUGGUGUCAGCGGAAAUGAGUUUGGAGCAGCUGAAGAUUGUGAUGUGGAUAAAGAUGACAUGCUGGUCCCUAUUGCUGUGGGGGCUGCUCUUGCAGGCCUUGUGUUAGUUGUGCUCUUGGCCUACCUGAUUGGCAGGAAGAGAAGCCAUGCUGGCUACCAGACGAUUUAAACCUGCUCACGCAAGCUUUUCAGCCAGAAUAUGCAGCCACUGCUGAUCAAUUGAUCCCGUUACAAUAAAGCCCUGCUUCUGCCCUCCCCUCUCCUGCCCUCUCCUCUGCUAUUCUCAUACUGCCAUUAUGCCCAUUGGCCGACGUGAUCCUAUAACUGCUGGACAUUAUGUUGUAUAGUAAUGGAAAAUAAUUUAAGAAUAUUUAAUCUUAUGCCAAUCUGGGCAUUCCUUUUGGACUGGGUGAUACAAAGGCCUAGAUUUCAUAUAAAGCACAGGCUAGCGCUAAAACUGACAGGAAUUUCCCUUCAUGGUGUGUAUAACGAAAGGCUAGAGUUAAUUGAAACUGCACCCCAGUGAGGGCCUAAAGUUUACAAGUAGGAGCAUUAUGUAGGUAAAAUAUCUGCUAUAAAUAUGUUUUUCAUCACCUAUAAAAGGUAAACAUUAUUCAGGAUGGUAAGGAAGUGGUGUUGCUGAAUUCAAAGUAGUGAAAAAAAGCCAGACACAACUGGUAAAUUUGCCUUGUAUUUGGUCUAUGAGCUUGUUUGCUUUUUUUAAAAGGUGUUGUAACAGUGUGAAAGAGCACAGAUAGCCUUGAGUAAUUCAUACCAUAUCCCCAGUGAGAAGCUGAAGUGAGAGUUGCCUUUCUAUACAGUUGAUAACAAAGCUACAUUCGCUGCAUUGAAACCUUUCUCAGUACCUCUCAGACUCCAUCAUCCUCCACAUAACGGUGCAAGAUGAAAGUGGAGUAUUUUUUUUCCCAAACUCAUUAUUUAUAAAACUUACAAGAAAAAAGUUCAUCUGCAACAAGUUUCUAAUGAUCACAACACAUAGCUAAUGUGAUUAGCAAACUAAACCAUUUAGUGUUAAACAUCAAGACUGCUUCCCUCAUACAGCAUGCUUUGGAAUGCAAGAAAUCAGUGGCCACUCAACUGAUAAAUGAGCAUUUAUUAUAUAUUAAUAUUGCACCAAGUCCCACUCACAGUAUGAAAACAUGUUUCCUACGGUGAAUGUGACUUUUUGAUAUGAUCUGUGUGAACAUUAUUCUUCAUGGGAGUCUAUGCUGCAUUUAAUGCUUGAGAGCGAGUGAGUGAACGAGCGAGUGUCGAUAUAAUGAACUCUUACAUACAGUGCACUGAUCAUAUGAAUAUGUUGUCUGCUCCUGUUGAUGUGUUUCUGGUGUUUCUAUGUGCAACUUGGCCUUAGUGUGAAAUACUUUGGAAUAAUAUGUUUUGAAUGAGGAGGAUUUGUUGCAAUCCAUAUGUAUCAGGUGUUGUAUAACAGUAGCAAAUAUGUACAUUUAUAAUGCAAUGACAAAUAAAAGGGAAAAAACA